CGCAUGUACAACUGGCAAACGUGCAAGGUGCUGCUUGAAUGUCCAUAAGGAUAACGCCGCAGACUUAAGCUUAAGCAUAAACGCGUUGCUUGUAAAUUUUCUAAACAACCUACAAAAUGUGUAGAGCAUACUCAUCAUGUUGGAGUUCGUUAAUUUUAUGCAGCUUUGUGUUGACUUUCACUGUUCCCGCAAGCACCACAGAGAUAUCAAAUUACUUUGAUACACAAGGACCCAGUUUUACAAAUGAGCCCCCGAGUAGAAUUGAAUUUAUGAACACUGUUGGCUACACGGUAAACUGCAUAGCUAAUGGAAAUCCAGCACCAAACGUUCAGUGGCUCGAUAAGGAAAACAAUCUAAUAACAUCCAUAUCAAAGGUUCGACAUAUUUUGGCAAAUAGCUCGCUGCAUUUUCCACCAUUUGCAGCUGAAGAGUUCCGACAGGACGUGCACUGGUCUGCAUAUCGUUGUCUGGCAGCCAACAGCGUGGGGACGAUUAUAUCCAGAGAUGUAGUCAUCAAAGCAGUGGUUUAUCAGCAUUACGAGCCGGAAGUUCAGAAUCCUGGUGGAUUUAUUGGCAGCAAUGUUUUAAUCAAAUGCAACAUUCCCUCGUUCGUCAAGGAGUACGUAACUGUCACGUCGUGGCUACAAGAGCCCAACUUUAAUAUCUAUCCAUCCUUAGAGGGCGAUGGUAAAAAUCAUAUGUUGCCAACGGGCGAACUCUUAAUUUAUAACAUCACCAGAAACGAUUCGCAAAAGAUUUACCGCUGUCGCACACAUCACAAACUAACGCAGGACUCCAUAGUGAGCAGCAAUGCUGGCAAAAUUCAAUUAACAGAAAUUCAAGAGCUUGUGCCGCCAAUACUUAAUGAAAAGUCUGUUGCUCUAAUGGCCAGAGUGGGCGAUCCCUUGGUGCUCUCCUGCGUGGCCUACGCGAAUCCAAAACCAACUUACAGAUGGUACACCACACGCUCCAACAAUGAGGAGUCCAUGCAACACAUGCUUGCCACCGGGCGUGCAAAAAUCAAAGACGGCACGCUUAUCCUAUCAGCCGUUGCCAAGACCGACAAUGGAAUGUUCUAUUGCGCCGUCACCAACUCCGAGGGCAGCGAGACGCUGGAGGUGGAGCUGGCGGUUUCAUCACCGCUCUCCGCUAGCAUACAGCCUAGGAUACAGACGGUUAAUCUUGGCCACACAGCUGACUUAAUUUGCAGCACAUCCGGUUUUCCGAAGCAAGUGGUAUCCUGGUUUAAGGACGGCAAGACUUUGCGUUCGGGAGCACGCGUGCGUUUGCUCUCCAAGGAGCACAUACGCAUUACCUCCAUUGUAAAGGAGGACAAGGGCAUGUAUCAAUGUGUGAUCAAAAACGAUUUGGAAUCAACGCAAAGCUCAGCGGAAAUUAGAUUGGGAGAGGUUGCCCCGCAGCUGCUUUACAAGUUCAUUGAGCAAACCAUGCAGCCAGGACCUUCUGUUUCCUUGAAGUGCAGUGCCAGCGGCAAUCCCACGCCCAAGAUUGAAUGGCACUUGGACGGCUUUCCACUGCCAAAUAACGAUCGUCUAAUGAUUGGUCAGUACGUAACCACAUUCGGUGACGUCAUUAGCCAUGUCAAUAUAUCUGCAGUCAAGUCGGAAGAUGGCGGCGAUUAUGAAUGCAAAGCAAUUUCAAGAGCUGGCGAUGUAUCGCACUCGGCGCGUCUCAAUAUUUACGGCAUGCCCUAUAUACGACAUAUGCCCAAGUUGUCUGCUGUGGCUGGAAAGACAUUCACCUUGAAGUGUCCCAUAGCAGGCUAUCCCAUUGACACGGUGCACAUCGAGAAAGACGGGAUACGCCUGCCCAUCAACAUGUGACAGCGUGCGCAUAACGGCUGCCUCGUCAUAGAGAACGUGCAACGUGCUGCCGAUGAGGGGACCUACACCUGCAUAGCUCGGAACAAACACAACUACACAUCGCAGCGUUCGGUGGAGGUGAAAGUGUUGGUUCCACCCAAGAUUACACCAUUCUCAUUCGCACGCGAUCUGAAUGUGGGCGACCGUACAAGCAUUCAGUGCGUUAUUGGCACCGGGGACCUGCCGCUUUCAUUCACAUGGCUGAAGGAUGGAAAGGCUCUGCAACCAUCAGCCACGGCCGAUGGUGUCGGUGUCGGUGUCAGCGGCGGGCUUAUGGGUACCGGUGGCGUUGCUGUAUUGGGUUCCGGUUCCGGAUCGCAGUUGUCUUCUUCUUCUUCUUCAUCUCUAACGUCACCAUCGGCGUCAGCGAUUACCUAUCAAAGCGAGCACAUCGCCUCGAAUGACAAUGGGCGUAGUAGUGGUGAAAGUAACGGCAUUGUGACAAUUCGCCAAAAUGAUGAUUUUACCAGCGCCCUCAGCAUCACAAGUGUGACGAGGGACCAAAGCGGCACCUACACGUGCCGCGUACAAAAUGAUGCCGCCAUUGUAACGCACUCUGCACAGCUCAAAGUUAAUGUACCGCCGCGUUGGAUUGUUAAGCCCACCGACCAAGACGCUAUCUUGGGCAAUGCAGUUAAUAUUGCAUGCCAAGCCGAUGGCUUUCCCACACCAACAAUUCAAUGGAAACAGUCCAUAGGUGAUUCCGGCGAGUAUCGAGAUCUGAGCUAUGGCGGUGGAAAUGGCAACUCACAUUCGGUGCUUGUUGCCCAUGCGAAUGGCUCGCUUAUCAUAUCCAAGGUGAAUCGAGAGCACGAGGGCAGCUAUCUAUGCCAGGCUAGCAAUGGCAUUGGCGCUGGUCUAAGCACGCUUGUCAAACUUACAGUACACGUGGGUCCAUCAGUUACUGUGGCCAAGAAGCAGUUGACAGUGCGACGCGGAGAGCGCAUUACGCUGCGCUGUGAGGCGAAUGGAGAUCAGCCAUUGGAGAUAUCAUGGCGUUCCAAGGCUAACCGCAUAGAUCCAUCCUAUGAUAUACGCUAUCAUAUAAAGAACUCGCCGUUGGCUCGCAGCGUUUCAUCCGAGCUUACUAUACUCCAAACGGUGCUCACGGAUCGAGGCGAAUACACGUGCAUAGCCAGCAACGCCUAUGGGCGGGAUCGAAGUGUUAUACACGUGCAGGUCCAAGAGCCGCCCAACUUUCCAGUCAACUUGCAUGUGCGGGAUCUGGGCAGUCGUUCAGUGACCUUUGCUUGGUCGCCUAAUGAUCAGGACUCGGUGCUUUUGGGUGGCGGCGGUGGCAAUAAUCGCGACUCCCAACCGAUAUCAAAUUAUAUAUUACAAUAUAAGAAGGCUGGCGACGUGUGGCAUGAGCACAACAACCAAAAGCUUCUACCGGGAGAUCGGACUACCGCUCAGCUGGGCUCUCUACGACCCGCUCAGGUCUAUCAUAUACGCCUGUAUGCCGAGAAUCAUUUGGGCACCAGCGCUCCCAGCGACGUGCUGUUUGUACAAACCGACUCGGAAGUACCUUCAGCUGCGCCACAAGAUGUGACCGUGGAGCCACUGGGGCCACAACAGUUGCUGAUAACAUGGCGCGCACCUGUGCGAGAUUCGUGGAACGGCGAUCUGCUAGGCUACACCAUAAGCUAUCAGAAGCAAGGCUCGCCGGACAGCGUGAAGAAUCACACAAAGGUCGGCAGUUUGACAACGGAGGGCUUGAAUGAUUUUCGUUUGACCGGCUUGGAGAAGUAUACGCAGUAUGGAAUUGCAGUCUCAGCGUUCAAUAUAAAGGGUGAUGGACCGCCCAGCGAUAUGGUCAUGGGUCACACUUUGGAGGAUGCGCCAUCGGCGUAUCCAAAGUCAGUUUCAUGCAUUGCGCUCACUGCGCAGAACAUACAAAUCUCCUGGCAAGCGCCGCCAAAGGAAUUGAGCCACGGCAUCAUUCAGGGCUACAAGCUGCUCUACGAGCCGGGCUCGCUGGAAAGCGAAUACAAUGUGCGCGAAACUAAAAUCACAUCUGCUCUAAGCACUGUUCUUCACGGACUGCAGCCCUUUACCAACUACAGUGUUCAAGUGCUCGCCUUCACACGUGCCGGCGAGGGCGUGCUAAGUCCUGCAGUAUCCUGCGUAACAGAGGAGGCCGUGCCAGACGCGCCUGAGCUGGUGAAGUCUGUGGUCAGCAGCGAAUCCUCUGUGAUUAUCAGCUGGCUGCCGCCACGCAGACCCAACGGGCUAAUAACCAAAUAUAAUGUAUACAUACGCAUCUUGGAAAAGGGUCAGGAGUUGAAAAUACUCAAAGAAGUGCUGCCGGCGCAUAAUCGACACUUUGAAGCAAAGGAUUUGAAUUUCCGCGAGACUUACGAGUCCUGGGUGACAGCUUCAACGCGCGUGGGCCAAGGACCCAGCACACCGGUCAUAAAGCUCGUGCCCAGCACUUCCAUACCCGCUGCCAUAAUAUCCUUUAGCCAAACCAUCUCUGUCAAUUGGCGAUCUGAUAUUAAACUGGCCUGCAUAUACGUUGGGCAUCCCAAGGCGAGCGCCGAAUGGAAGACUUUGAAUACGCGCUCCAAGCAGCAGUUCCAGCUGGAAGUCAGCAACGACAACACAUUGAGUCUGCGCAACAUUCAACGCUCCCACGAGGGCAACUACUCGUGUGUGGUGCGCAAUCCAAUUGGCUCGGAUCAUAUAGUCUAUCAGCUGUAUGUGCAAGUGCCACCUGCUGCGCCUGUGGUUUCGGUAAAUUCAGUGCAUAAGAACGCCGUGUCCAUACAAUGGAGAGUUGAAGACAUUGGCGGGUCGCCGCUCAGAGGCUUCACUCUGGCCUACAGACGCGAAUCAGCCGAGUGGGAGGAGCUCCAAGUAGACAGACGCAUCAACUCGUACAUGCUCGAAAAUCUGCAAUGCGGCACGCGCUAUCAGUUCACCAUGAAUACCUUUAACAAAAUCGGACCCAGCGCCACCAGCGCUGUAGCCUCAGCUCAGACCAAAGGCAACAAGCCCUUUGCACCCACUAAGCAUAGCUUCAUCCGCACCAAUACAACGUCAGUGGUCUUGGAUCUAUCCUCCUGGCAAGAUGGUGGCUGUCCCAUCUUACACUUUAGCAUUGAGUUCAAGCACUAUAGAUCAGGCGGCGACUGGAUUAUUGUUUCCAAUAAAAUAGAAUCCAACACACGCUACAACAUUGGAGACUUGGAGCCUGGCACUGCUUACAGCCUACGGGUGACGGCCAACAAUAAUGCUGGCGCCACUACCAAGGAAUAUUACUUUGAAACGCAGAACUUGAUGGGAUUUAGCAGCGGCUUGGACCCCGAGGAAAUGCCCGAUGGCCAAACCAUGUUUAGUGAUGCUCACCUCAUUGCUGUCAUUGUCACCUCCAUAUUCGGCACAAUUCUCGCUCUCAUUGGCGCUUUCAUCUGCUUUAAGAACUAUCCACGCAGCAUGUUUUCCCGCAACGUUGAUUCGCUUAGGCCUCAGAGUAAUUUAGGGGAUGGCAAGGAUAUACAACAUCGCGAGCAUUUCUAUGGUACAGUACGCAAAUCAUGCCAGCAAUCCCCGACUGAAUCGGUUGCUGGACUUGAGCGCAUACCUGAAUACUCAGAAGAUAUCUAUCCUUACGCUACAUUCCAUUUACCAGAACAUGAAAACCAGUCGGGCAACAUUCCUCUGAGCUACACUGGCAACCCGGCCAAGUACGAUUCACGUUGCGGCGAUGAUAACACGCUGUGUAGUAAAGGGAAGCGCCCCAUUUCGGCUGGUGGAGCUGUGAUCAUGGGCUCACCCGAUGAAAGUAAUCUGAUGAAUACCGAGAAGCGCCACAAGCGACGUUCCAAAAUCAUUAAAUCCGAAUCUGAGGAGUACGAUAGUCUCAAUAGCGAUAGCGAACUGAGUGGCGAGCGCGAGCGUGAGCGUCUACGCGAUGAUGGACGCAACAAUUAUAUUGACGAAGGAGCUCUGUCAGCUCAUGGCAGGAAACUGCGAAAUAAUGUGGGCAGCAGUAAAGAGAGGUCUUCGCUGUUUAGCAGGCCUCAACUGCAUAGUAACAGCCUGGACCCCGUGCCCGUCGACUACCGGUACUUUGACCCGACACCAAAGCAACAGCGCAAAUCAACGCAUGCUGGCAACGAUCCCCAGCGGAAAGCUCUCUCAAUUGCAGCUGCCAAAGAUCCAGCCCAAUGUGCAGAUAUGCCCCGAAGUGUAUCCGCUCGUCAGCGACACAAAAGUGCCGAUAGUAAUACCAACAACAGCACCCUUAAUCGCGACUGUGGCGAAGGCACAUCCAUUAGCCGACCCAUUGCACAGCCACCGAGCUCAUAUGUUGAAAAACUAAAGCCCUACGACAACAAUCAUGCGCCCAGUCAUCAUAGCAAAAGCUACGUGGACAAGAAUGGCAAAAUCUUUGUGGACACUGGUGGAGAACGGAUUGAGCUGCUGGGCCAGCAUCGGCAUAUCUAUAGCAUAGAACCCUUAGAACUCUUGGAUGUGGGCAAUGAGCCUGGCAGAACUCUCGACUACCAUGCCAUGGAGAACAUGAGCAACGCUGAGACAUUAGCUCUUGGUUUCACCAUGAUUGAUCACAAAAAUCAAAAGAUGGAUCAAUUGGAUCACAUACUCACUGAGAAGCAUGUGAGUCCGCCUUCAGCGUUUAUUGAUAGAAUUGGUUAAGCACUUAGCACUGUCUGUACUCUGUACUAACAAUUUAUUGAAAUCUACAUACUUAGUUUAAAGCUAACAGCAGAAUUAUCGAUUCGAUGUUUUAUGCCAAACAUGUUCAUGUAUUCUAAGUGUUAAUUAAUGAUAAUGAGAUACAUCGUGCAUCGCGUAGUGUUUGUUAAUACUCGUAGUUCUGCAACUGUACUUCCGUACUUCCGUUGUUUGCGUUCUUAACGUGCCCUGUUAGUGAAAAUGAUAUUGAAGUUGUAACCUACGGAUUCUCUUUGCAGGCCGAGCCUGACGUUUUUCAAAAUUCCCAAUAUUAUGUUCAAUUUUUGAAACGAAUCAACAAGAAUCAAUUAAGGAAGCCAAUUGCUUAGGAAAUGAUCUUAAAAUAACUCUAAAUAUGCCAUUUCGACUUUGUAUGGCAUUAGCAUUAGCUUAGACUAGAUAUACUAUAUGCCAAACAUUGCAUUUAAUUCAAAGAUAUCAGUAGUAGAUAAAAAGGUUUUAGCAUGACGAAAUAUCAAAACUGGUCUAAUAAAUAGCAUUUAAGUCGAUGUGAGACGACCAUGUCAGAGUAUUUAAUGAAAUCUUAAAAGACAAUUGUAACUCCUGAUUAUAUACGAUAUAUACAAAAAUUAACUGAAACAAUGUAUGGAACGAACAUGUAACUCUUAAGAAAAUACCAAUUACUUUAUGCAACGAAAAGAGCUCUUUUUUACAUAUAUUAGUUGGUCCGGCAAAAAACACUCUCUUACUACUUAACUGUACGAUUCUGAAUACAAUACUAUGAACGUUAAGAACGGCUAGCCCCGUUACCAGUAGCUAUUUAAACUAAACUCUUUACAUUGAGGAUGCGAAAUUUGGAUCAAUGUCAAUAGAAUAUUUAGACUGAGGCGACAAGCUAUCGAUUCAAGAAUAUUUAAGAACAUAUGUAUAUGGCAUUAUACAAACACAGACAGAAACACACACACACACACACACUCGGACACUUUCUAAGCCCCGAAUGCUGACAAUAAAAUGCAUUCGAAUGACUCGUACUUUUAAGUAAUUCAUAAUUUUAUACCCAUAAUGUUAAUGUCGACACAGAACAAUUAAUGCAAUUUUAAAUUACAUAAUCAUUUUAUAUGAACAAUAAAUUAUGCUAGCAAAAUGUAUGUACACAAACAAAUACACAAACAUGAAUAUUAUAAGCAGUUAUCGAGUGAAUAUGUAUUAUCUGUCAAUAUGCAAUAUGUCAAUGUGUGAGCAAGACUCGCCACAAAAGAAAAAUUAAGAAUAAUCGGGAAUUUAAGCUCAAUUUGAAUUGUCAAUUGGAUUAGGAAAUAAAUAAAAA